AUGAUGCGGCCUCCUGUUCAGGUGAGGCCACUCCGGCGGUCAAGUGCGCCAAGGACUGGCUCAGGCCACGGGUCGCAGACUGCAAGGAACGAUCGUCAGCCGAAGGUUCCCAGCAGGCCGUCCUCUGUCGCUAGCGCCAGGAGGCCUUCGACUCCGAGGUUUGAGCUCCCGCGCCCAGCAUGCCCAGCCGACAGGCCCCCAGGCAGCCGAGCAGGCAGCAAUCCGAGCAGCGCGUGCGUGCCGGAGCCGGCACCAAAGCGGGACGAGCCCGCCAAAGUGAUUGAACGCGCUGUGACGGUCUGUGUACGAGUAAGGCCCAUGGCGGACUCAGAAAUUGCCGAUGGACAGAUGCAGGUUGUUGCGUGCGACCUGGAUGCCCCUGGCAAAAUUCACCUUACGAGGCCAUCGGGCGGAGCUGUAGAGCCAAACAGGAAGCAGGAGACCUUUGUUUUCGAUACCGUCUUGCCGGGCAGUGCCGGUCAAGCGGCAGUCUACAACUUGAUAGGAAGUCCACUGGUGGCAUCCCUUGCUGCUGGGUACCAUAGUUGCAUCAUGGCCUUCGGAGCGACGGGCUGUGGCAAAAGCCACACAAUCUUUGGUGGCCCUGGGGAGGCGCGGGGCCUUCUACCGCGGCUGUCGGAGAAGCUCUUUGCAGCCAUGGAUGCAGUGGACGGCAAGACUAUCGCCACGCUAUCUUACUUGGAGCUCUACAAUGACAAGGUCAGGGACUUGCUACAUCCUGAACCAGGCGAACAACAUGAGGCAAACGCUGCGCUGGAGGUGUGCGAGCAUCCGAAGGCUGGUGUCUUCGUCACAGGCCUCACCCGCAGCGUGGUGUCUGAUGCAGAGGAUGUCCUCAGACUCAUCGACUAUGGACACAAGAUCCGAGUCCUUGCGUCAGCUCAGAGAAGUUCUCCAUCCUCCCGGUCCACCGCAAUUGCGGUGUUGCACCUGGAGCAGGUGCUGGCAGGAAGCAGCGGGACCUGGCCAGAGCAGAAGUGGCGACAUGCGAAACUGCAGGUCGUUGACUUAGCUGGGGCAGAGCACCUCCAUGCAGGAGAAGUGCCUCGACAGCGGGGAUCCGUUCCGAGUGUUGGCAGCAGUGGCCUUUCUGCGAUGGCCGAGAUGGUUGCAGCACUUGUCAAAGGCACACAAGGAGAAAGCAGCAGUCGGUACCAAUCACCCUAUCGAGACAGCAAACUCAGCUUGCUGCUCGCAGAAGCCUUGAUGGGGAACUGCCGCACGGCUGUCGUCACCUGUGUUUCGCCUGCCUCCCGGCGAGCGGACCUGACAAGUUCCUCUUUGCGGUUUGGGGAGUCGGUGCAGAAACUGCACACGCGAUCCACCCGCAACGAGGAAGCCCAUGGAGAUUUGGUUCAGACGCUGCGUGGUGAAAUCCACCUGCUGCGGCAAAGGCUAGACCGGUGCAGCCCAGCCGAGAUCAGGGGCUUGGAAGAGCAGCUGCAAGCAGCACAGUACCUCGAGGAAGAAUAUUCAGCCUCCCACGAAGAGCUGCAGGAGAGGAGUGCCACGGCAGAGCAGCAACGUCAGCGGAGCUUGCGAAGGCUCGGGCUUCGAGUGGGUGAGCCGUGGGAGCAGAAGGUCAGCGAUGGCCGCAUCUACGUGGUGAGCGUCUCCAAAGAUCCCCUCCUGUCCGGCUGCCUCACCUGGACGCUCCUUCCAGGGGAGCAGUUGCACAUUGGCAGCAAUCCGGGCUGCGAGAUUUGUGUGGACGGACUGGGAGUUCAACCAGAGGUCUGCUCUUUGCGAUGUGUGCAGGCCAGUCGACUCGAAGUUGUUCCGCAGCUCGUGGGCCACACGGCGAAGAAGUGCCAGGAUGGCCUGAUUGCGAGGAGAAGGAGCCUCUUCAAGCAUGCAGGCCCGCUGUUGGUCAACGGCCAGACACUGGAGGCUACACUGGCGCUUCGAAGUGGGGAUGUUCUGCGAGUUGGAUGGGCACACUUCUUCAGAGUUCUCAUCCCGGCCUGCGCCUCGGAGAACGACCGGCGACUGGGACCACGCCCAGAGGACACCCUCGCCAUCGAGACGACCUAUGGCUUGACAUUCCCCAAGGACGCCGAGCAGCUUAAAGAGCGCUUGGGCGCAGACCGAGCUGCACAGGUCCUUGGCGGCUUGAAGGACUUGAAGCUUGCUGUGGAUGAGGCAAACGAGCUCACGAAGGAACUCAGAGGGGACAGUCAGGAGUUUUCCUUCAAGGGGCAUCGUUUGAUGGAUCCCCUGAACAGCUCAGAGGCGACCACGCUGGUCGUCUCUCUUCUGUGCCAGCGCCGACCGCCAGGCCAUCAACACUUCGACGAAGACAACAGUGGCUGCAAAGGGGAAGAAAGGGCCGAAGUGGUUGCAACUUGGACUUUGCCAGACUUUCAGCAGCGACUGGAGGUCAUGAGAGAAAUUUACGACGAGGUUGCGCUACGUGACCAGCCGUGGGGAGAAGUGGGCGACCUGGACCCCUGGCAGGCGCAGAGCUCCAUCCCGGUCCUAAAGGCCACGCCAGGGCCUUGGCACGAACCUGCGCACGGCACACAGGAGGCUACAUCCCUUCCUAUGUGGAAGCAGCUUUCCUCGGCCACAUCAGCGAGCACUGGGGCGGAGACGAGUGAAGAGCGGAUGGACAUGGCAGCGGUGUUACAGCAGCUGCCACAGCUGCAUGCAGAGUUGGCGAAGGCUUACGAAAUGCAGGACGUCCAGGCCUCUGAGCUAGUCUCGGUGCGCCGCGAGAUCGAGGACCUCCGCAUGAAUCUGGCCAGGGCAACCCCGUCUCCGGCGCGGAGGCCAGGCGAUCCCUCGAGAGGUUCAGGCACGCUGUCGCCUCUGCGAGGGGGCGAGGAGGCGGAGAUGCCUCUGCUGUCCAAGUCGAAUCUGGUCCCCUCACCCCAGCCUGCGGGCGGCGUUGGGGCUUCAGCUGAAGUGGCGGCUGCUGUCCGCCAAACACCUACCAACCGAGCUUCAACGCCACGGCGCCCUCGGGCACCAGUUGCACCAGUUUGGAGAGGUGCAGAGGGACCCCGCGUUUCCAGUUCGCCAACUGGUCGGGCUAGCAAUGGGCCUUUGAUGUCCGGCGACUCUCCGUUGGCAGAGGCACUUCCAUCCCCGAGGAGUGAACUGCUCGAGGAGACGGCGAUAAGUGAAGACUUGCAUGCGCAAGGCGGUGCCAUUGCACGAGAUGUCAGCUUCGGUGCUGGCAUGCCGGACACAAUCAAGUACUACAUCUCAGCCCAGUCCCUGGCACCAUCUCCAGGCAGUGCGGCGUGUGUUCAGUCUGGCAAGCCUGUCCAAGUUACGACCGGCCAAAGGCCCUUCCGGCAGUUCAGUGCGCCAGUCGCCGUGCCGGCCACGACGCCGGCAAGGAGCCGGAUCGUGGUCCACCCGCCUGUCAUGACAAUGUCAGGCGUGCACACACCCCGCUACAGCGUGGGCAGCAUGGCUUUGCCGCAGGCUCAGUUUGCUCAGUAUGCCGGCUCGGACAAGGAGCUGGACGAGCAAGAAUUGGCUGAAGUCUGGAUAAAGGCGGCAGAAGUGAAGGUAGGAAAAGUUUCCCCGGAAGAAGCUCUGUUCAUUAAGCAGAGCACGAAGGAAUACUUCAAGACCAUGGACAUUGACAAGUCUGGCAAGGUCACCUACGAAGAGUUCGUCGCAGGCAUGCUUGGUGGACAGGAAGAUGCAAGCCACCUGACGCAGCUUCGACAGGAACUCAACAACAAGAUGAAGAGCGAUCCUGGUCAAUUGCAGAGGUUGGUGAACCAAUUUCACGAGUGGGACAAGAACGGUGAUGGGUAUAUCACAAAGGAAGAGCUGGAGGAGCACGUGGUACAGCUUCAGCAGAUGGCCUUGUCGGAUGGCAGGGUAGAUAAGUCCGAGAAGAAGCGUAUUGACGAGGCUCGCAAGAUGAUGGAAGAGGUCUUUGCUGAGGCAGAUGUAGACUUGGAUGGACGGGUGGACCUCUGGGAGGUGAUGGCAUAUGUGCUUGGGCGGAAGAAGCAGCCUGUCGAGUUGCUUCUCUACGACAUCUCCAAGGGAAUGGCAGCCAAACUUGGGCCGCUACUCCUUGGGAAGAGUGCCGAGGCUGUGCACACUGGCGUCCUGGUUUACGGCAGCGAGUACUGGUACGGUGGCAAAGUCUUCCGGAGCAAUCCGCCGUGCCGGAAGCAAUUUGGUGAGCCGCUGAAGCAGCCUUGGGGCAUUGAACUGGAGCAGUCCGAGGCUGUCCCUGAGCUGCCGGUGAUCCGGCUUGGAUAUACUUUCGUCACGCACCAGGAGUUCCUCCAGUGGCUGAAAUCUGGAGUCCAGGAGCGAUACACUGGACUGCACACGUACGACCUGCUGUCGCACAGUUGUAACCACUUCAGCAACGAGGUGUGCACGUUUCUGCUCGGGCAAGGGAUUCCGGAGAAAAUUUUUGAGCUUCAGAAGACAUUUCUGUCUGGCCCGAUUGUAGCAUUGCGGCCAUUUCUGAAUCGCUACCUUGGCGGUUUCGCACAUCACGACAAGGGUCUUGAUGAGAACCUCAUGUCCAAGGACCAAGAAGUCGAAGGUGGCCAGGUAGAGUCCAUCAAGGACGAGCUUCUAGGCGCCGGCGACGUGGUGCUGGUGGAGGGCAUCGACUCCAUCCAUGGCGCCGUCUUGGCCACGAUUCUGAAGGAGGAGAACGGGAAGUGCGAGAUCAAAUAUUUCGAUCCCACGGAGAACCGAAUCGAGACCAUGUCCAAUGUUCCACUGUCCAAGUGCAAAAAGACCGCUUCUUGUGGUCCGUGCCAGGCAGUGCCGCUGCAGCCACAGCACGCCUUUCAGAAUCGAUACACAGGACACCUUCACCCAGCCCAACACCAGGUCCUGCCCACGCAAUCGCAUGCGUCGCAGCUACAAAGCCCAGCAGUGGCGCCAAACGUGGCAACUAUUUCGUCGUCACCUCCAGUGCUGUGGCAAGUUCCACAGGUGCAAACGCCAACCAUACCCAUCGCAGCUUCCACGGCGCAGUGGGAGGGGCGUUCUCGAUCUCCUAGCCCCGGCUUGCACGGGCCUAGAAGCCAAUCGGCAGAAAAUGUGUCCUUGCGCCGCCCAUCUACUCCGCCGGCACCAUUCGCAGUCUCCACACUGUCACAAUGCCCCGGCGCCUCCAUGCCCAGCACUCCGCGUUUCAUGGCACAAGAGGCUCAGGCCAUGGCAAAAGCAGCAGCAGUUGCGGUGGCCAAGGCAGCUCCCGGCAUGAACAUUGUAGUCCGACCGGUUUCCCAAUCGCAAGUUGCGAUGCUGACUCAAGAGUUGAGGCAGAAGCAGCAGCAUCGACCGACUUCGCCAAGUGCUGAGGCCGAUCACACCACCGAGGAGCAGCUCAGGAGCUGCCAGGUCGAGCUUGCAGGGCUCCAGAAGGAGGUAGACUCGCUCGGGCAAGUCUGCCGCGACUUCCAAGCAUCCGAGAGGGUAAGCACUUCAAGCAUCGAGGGCCCCUUCCAGCUGAAUCAAUCUGAGGAGGUGCCUCUUGUUUGCUUUCAGUUCAAGAUGUCUCACUUCGUUUGCAAGGCCUUCCUAGCUGCUGGAGCGGACGAAGGCACGCGCCAUCUGAAGCUUCAAACCAUCUUCGAGGACAACCGGCAGGGGCUGGUCGAAGAGCACAGGUAUUUCAUGGCGAACGAGUGGAACUCGAGCAAAGCGUGCCCGAUGCGAGUGUGCUUACGAUGCGAAUUUUUCGUGGCCUUUCAGGGACAGUGA